AAGUACGGCGAAAACUUGGGCGGAGGGCGUUCGUGUCCGAGUGCCUCGAGAAGCGAGGUGUGUUGCUAACGGCUUCCAAACAGAUGCGCUGCAUAAAGAACAAUAAACAACACCCACGUAGCCGCCGUCACAACUGUCCGCCUUUUGGCACCUUCCACUUUGGCCGCAAUCUGUCGUUCACCAACGACCAGCGAACCACCUACGAUCGAAAGAAACCGGAUACCUGAUACCCUUCCCUAGGGCUAGUCUCCAACCACUUCACACCUUCCCCGAGUCCUUCCCAACAUAAUGGCCUUCCGCGGAACACCCCACUACACCAGCGUUCCCGACACCAUAAUACCCAUCCCGGCUGCACCCACCCUCGGCCCCCUCGCAACCUCCUCCGCCUACGACCAGCACUCACCACCCCCAGCAGCAACAUGGGAGUCCCUGCGGCGGCAAGCGCGCUCAUUGGAGAACGAGAUUGAAGCUAAAUUGGCAAUGUACGCGCGGCACGGCACCGCGGGUGACGGUGGAGGCGCGGGACGGGCGGCGGCGAAUGGGGUGGAGUUGGAGGUUGAGCAUUUGAUCAAUAAGCUGACGUCGACGGUGAAUCUGAUGGCGCAAAGCCUGGAUAAUGCGCCGACGGGGAGCAAUAACCCGUCGAUGAUGCAUAUGUUGCAGCGGCAUCGGGAUAUUCUGUACGAUUAUUCGAAGGAGUUUAAGAAGACGAAGGCAAACAUAAUCGCCGCCCGCGACCAUGCCGACCUCCUCUCCGGCUCUUCCACCUACAAAUCCCCCGCCGCAGCCUCCUCCAGCACCCAGGACUACCUUCUAAACGAACGCGGGCGCAUCGACGGCACCCACCGAGUUGCCGACGAGGUGCUGCAGGCGGCGUAUGCCACGCGCGCGGACUUGAAUGACCAGAGAUCGAUGCUGUAUGGGGCGAAGGGGCGCGUGGGCGGUGUUUUGGCCCACUUCCCCCUCGUCAACGAUCUCAUGUCCCGCAUCAACACCCGCAAACGCCGCGACUCGCUCAUCAUGGCCGGCGUCAUCAGCUUCUGCAUCGUCUUGCUGUUUUGGUACAUGCUGCGAUAGACCCCAACCGCCCACCUCUCUUCCCGGCCUCCGCUUCUUCCCGCUGCGACACUUCCCCAAUUUCCGAGCGAAUCGCACGGGAGGGACACACAUUUUUGGUUUAUUGAUGGAUUUAACUACCUGGUUGGACG